AGAAGGGCUGCAACCAUGAAGUGGGCAGGUGCAAUAAGGAGCCGUAGGUUCCACAUAAAUGCAAGUCACUGCAGUAGGGACAGAUCAGUUCCUCGAGUCAAUGGCCAUACGAAGCUGGAGAGGCGGCAUGAGGUUGGCAGCUACGAAAGCUCUUCUACCUUGAUGAGCAGCGAGCUUGAAACCACGAGCUUUUUCGACUCGGAUGAGGAUGAUUCCACCAGCCGGUUCAGCAGCUCCACAGAACAAAGCAAUUCAUCCAAACUCAUGAGACGACACAAGCGACGGCGAAGGAAACCGCGGAUCCCCCGGAUUGAGAGGUCGUCCUCAUUCAGUAGUAUCACAGACUCCACUAUGUCCCUCAACAUUAUCACCGUCACUUUAAACAUGGAGAAAUACAAUUUCCUGGGAAUCAGCAUCGUGGGGCAGAGUAACGAGAGAGGCGACGGAGGGAUUUACAUUGGGUCCAUUAUGAAGGGAGGGGCCGUGGCAGCAGACGGCAGAAUCGAGCCUGGAGACAUGUUACUGCAGGUUAAUGACAUCAACUUUGAGAACAUGAGCAAUGACGACGCAGUGCGAGUUCUGAGAGAGAUCGUCCACAAACCAGGACCCAUCACGCUGACUGUUGCCAAAUGCUGGGACCCAACACCUCGCGCCUGUUUCACACUCCCCAGAAGUGAGCCCAUUCGUCCCAUUGACCCAGCAGCGUGGGUGUCACAUACAGCAGCCAUGACAGGAGCCUAUCAACCAUAUGGUAUGAGCCCCUCCAUGAGCACCAUUACUUCCACCAGCUCUUCCAUCACCAGCUCCAUCCCAGAAACCGAACGGUUCGAUGAUUUUCAUUUAUCAGUCCACAGUGACGUUGUCACCAUCGUCAAGGCCAUGGCAUCACCAGAAUCAGGCCUGGAAGUCCGUGACCGAAUGUGGCUUAAAAUAACAAUCCCCAACGCUUUUAUAGGUUCUGAUGUCGUUGACUGGCUUUAUAAUCACGUUGAAGGUUUUCCAGACCGUCGCGAGGCGAGAAAAUAUGCCAGUAAUCUCCUCAAAGCUGGUUACAUUCGACACACAGUCAACAAAAUCACCUUCUCAGAGCAGUGCUACUACAUCUUCGGGAAUCUAUGUGGCAACAUGGCUAAUCUAACCCUGAAUGACCAGGAUGGAUCCAGUGGCACUUCAGAUCAAGACACAUUGGCACCCCUCCCGCACCCAGGUGCAGCACCAUGGCCCAUCUCCUUCCCAUACCAGUAUCCACCACAGCACCCUUACAACCCACAUCCACCAGGCUACCACGACGUCACCGGGUUCACAUACGGAGGGGGCAGUGCGGGCAGCCAGCCCAGUGAAGGAAGCCGAAGCAGUGGAUCUAAUCGCAGUGGGAGCGAAAGGAGAGGAGGGAAAGAGAAGGAGCCCAAAGCAGGCGAGGCCAAGUCAGGGGGUAGUGGUAGUGAGUCAGAUCACACCACAAGGAGUGGCAUCCGGCGAGAGCGGGCGGUCAGCGAGCGUUCAGUUCCUGCCAGUGAGCACAGUCACCAUAGCAACCUCAGCCACCGGAGCCACCACUCCAUGGCCGCCAGCAUCCGUAGCCAUCACACGCACCAGUCCUACGGGGCUCCUGGUUUGCCGCCCCUUUACACCCCACCUCUCAUGAUGAUGCCUCCGCAGCCUGCGAUGGCACCCCCAGGGGCACCUCCUGUGCGUGACCUGGCCUCAGUGCCCCCAGAGCUCACAGCGAGUAGACAGUCCUUCAGAAUGGCGAUGGGAAACCCCAGUGAGUUCUUUGUGGAUGUCAUGUGACUGUUGUUAAUUUUUUUUUUGUAAAGAAAGCAUCAUCUAUUCAGUCUUGUUACUAAAACAGAACGACUAAAAAAAAAACUGGACUGAGGCCCUGUUUGUGAUGGAGUAGCACAUUUGAAGUGUGAACAGGACUGUAUUUAUUCAGCACUAAUCUGCAAGAUUUAUAAACAAAAACCAUUUGAUUUGCUUCUCUCGCACCACCGUCCCUCUCCCACCCUUCCUGAUCGUCUCACAAAACUGGACUGUGUGCGCGCAGACAAAAGCCUGUCUGUCUGCCUCAUUAAUACCUUUCCCAUUUUAAGUUUUCUUCCUUUUCUUUUAGAAAACAAAAUACUGCAUCUAUUGAGAGCGUGUUGUGAAAACCAAAAUGAAACUGUAAUCAUUUCCCAACUUAUGUUCUUUUGAACUAAUUUCUUAAACCUCUUGUGUGCUUCUUUCCUUGUCACACAGUGAAGAAAUAUGGGGUGUUUGACUUCCUCUGAUAUCAACUGAUAAACAGUUGGUGCAGAGAGGUGAAAGGUCAUCUACCGGAUUGUGUCCCUUCCUGUGUGAUUGGCAUGAUAGCUUCUUUUUUAAAUAAUAUGGACACCAGACAGAAGGAGAAAAUGAGCAGUCCAAGGAGGCAAGUGGAAGAUUUGCUUUUUUUUUCUCAUGUUAAAUUCAGUCAUUAAAUACACGUUACGAAUUUCAGCAAAACUCAUCGAGCCUCGAGGAAGCACCGCAAGCCUUAUAUUUCAUGCAGAAACAGGAAGAAACUGUCCAACAAUGACUUCUCUGUUGUUGAGCUUCAGAAAUUGUGUCCUGUCUAACCUUUCCUUUUAUCAGUCGAGCCUUGAGUGUGCCCGAAGUCAACACAAAACAGUUUGGGUCAAAGCGCAAACACUGAAGUCUCAGACCCUGUUGCAGGCCCCCACCCACUCCUCCUCCUCCUGCCCACGCUCCCCAUCUCUUUCAAGAACAGAAAUGCAAGGUACACAAUGGUUGGGGACACCUCACAACUGUCAGAGCCAGGAAAUAUUUCCAGAGCAAUCCGUUGGAGUCUCAGUGUGGAGAACGAAGACUCGCAUCGGAGAAUGGAAACCAGCUGCACUAAUAACUCACAAUCUAUAAACCGCUCUGUUCGGUUACUGAACCUGAAAUUGAAUAAGAAAAAUAUAUCAUUUGGAGGCCAGAUGUGGCUCUGAAUGAUGGUUUUGUAGCUGAAAGUUGUAUUGUAUACUUUAAUAAAAUGGUUCUAGAUGA